CCCUGCGGGACUGCCCGCCGGCUGCCGUCAGAUUAAAGUUGCUUAAAUACUGGCGAGACGCGGAAGCCGAUGCUUCCCCGUACGACAGCGGGCUGCCCCUGCUCCGCUGCCGAACCCGGGUCACAUGCUGCCUAACGACACCUCUCUGGAUUCGCUGACAGGCGAGUCUCACUUCCUCUCUCUGACGGGACAGGUCUCAGCUUCCUAGCGCAAGAGGCGACCUCGUUAUCAUGCGCCGCGGAGCCCUGUUGCGGUGAGCCGUGUUUGACAGCAGCGGCGAUGAGGACCGGGGUCUGGGACUGGGCUGCAGCCGCCUGCAUCCUGACGCUGUGUUUUGGCUGUUUGCACGUGAUCGCCCUCAAAUCCCAACUUUUCACCAGGUUGGGGGGGUUAGCCUACUCCUCUGAGACCCCCAUCAACUAUGAAACAUUUUACUUUGAGCAGAAGGUUGAUCAUUUUGGAUUCCUGGAGGAUGGCACCUUCAAACAGAGAUACCUUGUGGCUGACAAACACUGGAAGCAGCCUGGAGGACCUAUUUUGUUCUACACUGGCAAUGAAGGCGACAUCACCUGGUUCUGCAACAAUACUGGCUUCGUGUGGGAAAUUGCGGAGGAGUUAGGCGCCAUGCUGGUUUUUGCAGAACAUCGUUACUAUGGAGAAUCCCUGCCAUUUGGACAAGAUUCUUACAGUGACAGCAAACACCUGAACUACCUGACCUCAGAGCAGGCUUUGGCAGAUUUUGCAGUACUGCUUCAAAACCUGAAGAGCACUCUACCUGGAGCCCAGCGCAGCCCCGUCAUCGCUGUCGGGGGUUCCUAUGGAGGGAUGCUCUCUGCCUGGUUCAGGAUGAAAUACCCCAAUAUAGUUGCUGGAGCUCUGGCCUCCUCCGCACCAAUAUGGCAGUUCCCUGGUAUGGUGCCAUGCGGAGACUUCUACAGAAUAGUAACCCAGGACUUUGCCAAAAGUGGCCACAACUGUGAUGCAAACAUUAGAAAGUCCUGGAGGGCUAUUAAUAAUGUCUCCUCCACCGCCUCUGGUCUUCAGUGGCUGUCGGACGAGUUCAGUUUAUGCAGCCCUCUCAAAAACAAGAUUGAUGCCGUCGGCUUCAAGAACUGGCUUCAGGAGACUUGGGUGAACCUGGCCAUGGUGGACUACCCCUACGAAGCUAAUUUCCUCCAGCCGCUGCCUCGCUGGCCGAUCCAGGUGGUGUGCAAGUAUCUUGGUUUCGAUGCCGCUGUGUCUGACUACCAGCUACUGCACGGUGUCUCCCAAGCAGCGAAGGUCUACUAUAACUACACCGGCAGCUCUUCCUGUCUAAACACAUCUCAGACGGCCACCGGCAGCCUCGGUAUUCUCGGCUGGACUUACCAGGCCUGCACGGAGAUGGUGAUGCCCAUGUGCACAGAUGGCGUCCAGGACAUGUUUGAACCCGAGGAGUGGAACUUCCAGGCCUUCUCCGAUGAGUGCAAUGCAAUGUUUGGUGUCAGGCCACGUGCUGACUGGGCGGGCAUAGCCUACGGGGGGAAGGACAUCGCCGCUCAUAGCAACAUCAUCUUCAGUAACGGAGGACUGGAUCCGUGGUCGGCUGGUGGGGUCACCCACAACAUAAGCGGAUCUCUGGUUUCCAUUCUGAUCCCUGACGGAGCCCAUCACUUGGACCUCCGCUACAGCAACGACCAUGACCCUCCCUCAGUCCGCGAAGCCCGCGCGUUAGAGCUGGAGUAUUUUCGGGAGUGGAUCGGGCAGGCUAAAGAGGCACCUCGAACUGCAUCAGCCCCUUAGUCUCUAGCCGCAAAAUGUUACCUGACCAGGAUCUCCAUGAUAUGUGAGCUUUAGCUUUAAUUUGUCUGACAUGGUAUUUCACAGGGUGCUCUCUCCGUCAUUAGGCCAAAGUUUGUCCUUUUUUUUUAAUCAGUGUUGGAGAUGUUUUUUAACAUUAAUUGAAUACACUUCUAUUUAAAAUUUUCAACAUCACUCUCGAUGUCAAUCACUUAAGUUUUUUUAAAAAUCUUAAUCAUGUAGCCGUGUUCCGUGCUAGACUAUCAGACUACAGUUUUCUUUGACCUCAUCGGACUCACUCUCACUUCUUUAUGCCAAAGUGUAAACUUCCAAGGGCUUUGGAGACAGAAAGGUACUGUAUUAUGAGCAAAGAACAAGAUCUGUUUGUGCAGUAAAAAUGACUGAUCACGAUGUAGAUCUGUAAAUAUUUUAGUUCAUUCAUGUUAUAACAUCGUCAUCAAAGGGCUUGAUCCUCCUUACUUUGUGUUUUCUCACAUGUGAAAUUUGCCUAAACCCAUUAUGGCGUCUCUGCCUCCUUUUUGUUUUCUUCAUUUACUGUCAUUGUUACAAACCGACACCGCUUAAGUUUUUUUUUUUUUUUUUUUCACUUGUCAUUCUUUGUCGUCUGAUCAGCCAUUGCUGUUAUUCAGGUGUAUUUGUUCUUUCAAAAUAAGUGUAUAUUAUAAUUUGCUCCUAAACACUAAAAUAAGUCUCAGGAGAAAAGUUGGCACCAAAUAUAAAGAAAAUACAUUUUUUUUUGAAGAUUACCACUGCACUGAGUGUUAUUCACAGCAGAAACAGUGCCUUCCCCGCUUUUUAAGUUUUCUAUUUAUGUCUUCUACCGAUAUUCUUUUCAAGCUGUCGUUCCAAAGAAACACGUCCACCAGUAAAACUGAUUAAAAAGCUACAAAUAUCGUCAUAUAAUCUCUCUAAUUGUCUUUUAAUCAUAAAUGGAUGUAAUGUUGCUCUGUUGAGCAGACUCUUUGUCAUGUUUUAGAGGGGCUGAGUCUUUUAAGUUGCCUCCACCUGGCAGGAACAAUUGCAUUUGCCUGAGAUUUAAUAAAAACCCAAUCGGAGGAGGCCAAUAAAGUGAGU